AGAGACUUUUUCUCCAUCUCACAGAUGUUUCAGUAUGAGCAGAGAGGAGUGCUGCAACUUUCCUGAGGAGGAUUUACUUUUCCACGCGUAAAUGUUCCGGUGAAUCGAGGGGAUAACAUAACAGUGUACAAGUUGAAGGAAUUUGAGUCUUAUAGAAGAAGAAGAAGAAGAAGAAGAAGAAAGAGGAAAAGAAGAAGAAGAAGAAAAUGCCUGUAGCUAUUCUCAUGCCUUUCACGGUAACCCCGAGUAGGAAGUCCGUUAGCGCGAGCUCGUUCAGGCUAACGGAGAAAUUCAUUCUGCUCCUAGUUUUCAGCGCCUUCAUCACCUUCUGCUUCGGAGCUAUCUUCUUCCUGCCGGAUUCAUCCAAGCUGUUUUUCUUCCGCUCCGACCCGGCGGUGGAGGGCGACACCCGGACAGGUACGGACGGAGACUCCGGAGGAACGGGCAACGACGAGAAAAUCCUGGCGAAGAUCAGGAGAGACCACGAACAGGCUCUGCUGGAAGCCAAGGACACGCUGCAGAAGCGGCCGGAUGAAAUCAAGCAGGACAUCCGGAGCGAGAAGGACCAAGUUGCGAAGAACAGAGCAGGCGGCAGUGACGACGGCUCGCUGCCCGUUAUCGAGUACGCGCGAGCACCUGGGGCAACGGGGCGCGAGCCCUCCGACCCGGAAACGAGGGAGAAACGAGCGAAGAUUAAAGAGAUGAUGCAGUUUGCUUGGGAUAAUUACAAGCGCUAUGCCUGGGGCUCCAAUGAGCUGCGGCCCGUCUCCAAGCAAGGCCACUCCAGUAAUCUGUUCGGAACUCUGAGGGGCGCGACCAUCGUGGAUGCUCUGGACACGCUCUACAUCAUGGAGAUGUAUGAUGAGUUCGAAGCCGCCACUGAGUGGGUGGAGAAAAAUCUCGACUUUAACAUGAACGCAGAAAUCUCCGUCUUUGAAGUGAACAUCCGCUUCGUCGGAGGACUUCUCUCGGCCUAUUAUCUCUCAGGAAAAGAGGUGUUCAGGAAGAAAGCCGUUGAGCUGGGGGAGAAAUUACUGCCUGCAUUCAAAACACCCACAGGCAUCCCUUGGGCUCUUCUCAACCUAAAAAGUGGCAUAGGCAGGAACUGGCCGUGGGCGUCAGGAGGCAGCAGCAUUUUAGCCGAAUACGGCACGCUGCAUUUGGAGUUCGUCCAUCUAAGCAGGCUGUCCGGGAAACCUGAGUUUGCAGAGAAGGUCAUGAACAUCCGGAAGGUUCUGAAUCGUCUGGACAAGCCGCAAGGACUUUAUCCUAAUUACCUGAACCCUAACAGUGGACAGUGGGGACAGCAUCACGUGUCUGUGGGUGGCCUGGGUGAUAGUUUCUACGAGUACCUGCUCAAAGCCUGGAUCAUGUCUGACAAGCAAGACGAAGAAGCCAAGAAUCUCUAUUACGACGCUCUGAAGGCCAUUGAGACGGGUUUGAUCCGGAAGUCGAGCGGCGGUCUCACCUACAUCGCAGAAUGGAAAGGGGGUCUCCUCGAGCAUAAGAUGGGUCACCUGACCUGCUUCGCUGGGGGGAUGAUCGCUCUCGGGGCUGACGGAGCUCCUCAGGACCAGACUGGUCACCAGAUGGAGCUGGCAGCCGAGAUCGCACGCACGUGCCACGAGUCGUACGCCAGAACCAACCUUAAGCUGGGGCCCGAGGCGUUCAGGUUCGACGGCGGCGUGGAAGCCAUCGCCACACGACAGAAUGAGAAAUACUUCAUCCUGAGGCCAGAAGUCAUAGAAACCUACAUGUACAUGUGGAGGUUCACUCACGACCCCAAAUACAGGCAGUGGGGCUGGGAGGCUGUCAAGGCUCUGGAGCAGCACUGUAGGGUUGAGGGAGGUUACAGUGGAUUGAGGGAUGUCUACAGCAACACUCCUAACCACGAUGACGUCCAGCAGAGCUUCUACCUGGCUGAGACGCUAAAGUAUCUGUACCUGCUGUUCUCUGAUGAUGACCACCUGCCGUUUGAGCACUGGGUCUUCAACACCGAGGCUCACCCGCUGCCCAUCAUAAAGCGAGAGAGAGAGAGCUUAGACAGGAACGACCAGCUGUAGCAGCGCUCACGUUUCCCCACAAAGCCCUGCAGGGACGUCUCCAGCUGUGAGCAGUGCUCGGACCUCUAGCCCCAAUCUCCAGCAAAGCGGGCAAUGCAGUUGACCUUUGAACCCGCUGAGCCCCCCCCUCCACCCAUACAUGUCCUGCAGGUCUCCCCGGGGCUGAGCAUCUUCCCCACCAUCUUUUAGAAGCAGUGUGCAUGCUGCCCUUCUCCUGAACCCCGCCCCCCUCCUUUCUCACCCCGAUCCUUGAUUCGGUCCUCUUUCUGAGCCUCGCAGGUCCGAACGAGCUUCUCUCCUCCGUGAGGAGACCGGAACAUCUCCACUUGAUUGUUUAUCACAUAUUUCUCAUCCUCACACACAUCACGCAAAAACAAAGCCAUAUUUCAGCCCACAGCUGUCAUGCUGCGUGAGUUUGUUAAACAUUUGUUUGAUUCUGAUAAUUCAUAGUGUUUGAUUUCUAUAAAGUGUGUGGGUUUUUUUCUGUCAAUCACAACUGCAAGGUAGUGAUAUGGAGUUAACUAGUGCCUUUUUAGCUUAAUGACCAACUGUUCUGCUAUUGUAAGUGAUUUCAUGACAGAACUGAUGAAGUUCAGGAAGAGUACGGGGUUUUUGUUGUUUUUGUUUCUUUCUUUUUUUUUGUCCUCUCUCAGUUGUCUGUCCUCAGAAUUCCAGGAAAACAUAUGAGGACCAGAAGACAUUCACAGCCUGAAAGAGAACUUGGAUGACUUGACGUAAUUGGUAUGUUAGGUACAAAUCUCACAACAACAUCCUGUUUGAUUCUAGUACCGCAUACGUCAGUGCUUCCUUUCUCCCUCUAGUCACAUUCUGUUUCAAUAACAAAGCUCGGACGUUUACUGUUCACUCAAUCAAGCGUGGCUGAGAUAUCGGACAUGUAAAAAUAGGAUAGUUUGUGUUAAUUUAUAACUUGUGACAUAAGAAGUGUUUCAGCCUCAUAUGUGCACGGAUGAAGGAACUAUCCUCGCUGAUGACGGCGAUGAUGACCAGAGAAAUCAUCAUGACAAAUCAUCAAUCCACUAGACUGAACUAUUAUGUCUGAAUGUACCACCAAAUGUGAAGUGAAGAUUAUUUCUGCCUAUCUUGUGUUAUUGUUUCUGCUUUCUUUUAUCAUGAAAGCACAAAAUUUGUGGAAUGAUGUUUUUUUCUGUUUUGUUUUGAUUGGAGAAAGUGAGUGAAACCUAUUGGUGUGGAACGCAGAAAGCACACAUAAGGAAUUAGCAAAUAGAUUCAAAGAAAGCAGACAUACACAUACACAUAAUGAUAGUGGUAGAUUACACUGGAUAAAACACACACAUUCCCCCACACACACGCGCGCGCGCACACACACACACACACACACACACACACACACACACACACACAGUGAUUUUAAUACUGGGAACUGCCACAGCUGGCAAAAGUCAUAGCAAGCAGUUUGUGUGUUUGUGCUUUUCAACAUCAGGUCUUGUUGGAAACUGUGCUGUACUGCAAUUUACACAACCUCUCUGCAUCUGGGUGAGAGCUGACCGUACGUAGUAGUCCACCUCACCUAUGAUUUGUUUGCUUCUUUAGUUUUGCCCUGGAGCUACAAUGUAGCUAAUGUAGCUAAAUCAUUUGCAUAAAUACAUACCCAGAAUGUUUUUAUAUACUUUCUUCAUUAUUAAAGUAAGGAAUUAAACACUUUGGGGUGGUGUAAUGCGGCCCAAAGUAAAGCAGGGUUACCCUUACCACCCAAAGUUGAUUAGUUUACAGUAACAGCACAUCCAUAAGCGUUUUUUUUUUUUUUUUAUCUCUUAUAGGACAGCAAUUUGCCAACGCUUAUAUUUUUUUGUUUAUUAAAGAACGUCAUGCUUUUCUGUUUAUAGCUACCUUUAAUAAUGUUGAAUGUUAUAGCAGCUCUAAACAGUCGUUCCCUCACCAUCAUCUCUUAAAGUUAAUAAGACAAAGUUAAGGCGUUCUCUCUGAAAACUUACAAAGCACUAACACUGGAGACUCCUUCCAAAAAUAUUACAUGAACAUCUCACAGAGAAGUUCCUCAGAAUAUCAAAAAUUUAUGCACGUUUUUAAUCCGUUUAUGUAAAGCGUCCAUCAUACAAGUCACUGUGCAAGUUGGUCCUAUUGAAACUAUAACAUUUUAGAACAAGUGUAUUAAUAUAAACCUGGCAGUCAGAAUUACACCCAGAGCUUCUGUUAUAGAAAAUUAAUCAACACCUUCUGACCAAUCAGAAUUGAGAAAUCAACAGCACUGUGGUAUUUUUAAUAAGCAAGUUCUUUGUAAAUAAGUUCAACAUAGAACUAUAUUAUCAUUCGUAUCACUUCCAGCUUUCUGGCUUUAUAUUUUGGGAGGCGGAGCCAAGGAAGGGUUUAGUAUGGAAUUUAAAGGCGCUCCUGAAAAAAUUGCAAAUUAAAAAAAAAAAACUUAAAUGUGAAUAUGGUAUUGUCAGAGUAAUAUAAGCACAAGAAUCUAAGCUAUGAAAUCCAUUUUUUUUUCGCACUAACACAUCCAUGCUAAGGCACGCCAAAUUCCAUGUUUUCCAUGCCCUGCAAAAAUAUCAAAUAAUCAGGAAACAGUCUAGCUUAGAGUUUUUCCACACCCUGCUAGAGGGUGGAACGAUACCAAAGUGCAUUAAGGGAGGAAAAAAAAGUGCUUCUGGUUUUCCAAGAUGGCCGCCUCAAUUACAAUACAGUGCUUAGCUUCUUUGUGAAGUUUUCUUCAUGUCUGUAAAAGUCACACUGUGCACUAAACCACAUCAGUAAGAACUGGGCGAAGUCUGAAUCUGAAUAUUUUAACACAAAAGAUAUUUAGGUGAGUCUGACUUUCAUUACUUGCUAGCUACAUUAGCAUCAUAGCUCCAGCACAAAACUAUAAGAAGCUAACUUUGGACAGGUUUGGACUGGUUAAUUGUGUAGAAAAUUGUGUAUGUUUGUAUUUUCUUUAAAAAAAAAAAAAAAGGAUAUUGUGUGUGUGCACGCCCUUCCUACCAUUAGCUUCACAUCAUGAUUGAGGUGUAAAGCAGUAGUACUGAGAUCUCAUAUAAACACUUCCCCUUGUUUUAAUCAGCACUUCAGUAUCGAGUUUAACCUUGGUCAUUUUUGUUCAUCUUGGAAAAGAGGAGGUUAAUGGUGUACGAAUGAUAAACUGCAUGUCAUAUCACGUCAUGUAAGAGAUCCAAAGAGUGACAGACGCGGGUCUGUAACACUAAGACCAAAGGGAAACGCGAGCACCUGCACCUCUAAAUGGCUUGCUUAUAAGUUUGCUAACAUCAGCGCUAACAAGCAGCAACAAAACACCUCCAUCUUUUCCAUCGGAAUCAAAGGCAAGCCCUUCGUUCAAUACUGUAACAUUUUAUUGUAUUGUAUUCUCUCUUUUUUUGAACAUUUGAGGCCAUUAUAGCUGAUACUUUUUGAACACCAUUCACAGAAAGGUAGAAAUUUCCUUUCAGCAACAGUCUUACAUUUCAGUGUUGACUGAAAUAUUUCACAUUACUUGUUAAUAUCCUGUAUUUACAUGUAAAUAAUAAAUGUAAAGUAUGAAAUAUAAAUGUUAAACAUAUAUGUAAGAUUUUUUAUAUAUAUAUAUAUAUAUAUAUAUAUAUAUAUAUAUAUAUAUAUAUAUAUAAA